AUGACCUGAGCCGAAAUCAAGAGCUGGAUGCUUAACUGACUGAGUCACUCAGGCACUGCUCUGAAGCUUUCUUUUGAACCAUUUUGGCUUCUUGGUCAUUCCUCCUGUCCUCAAUAUCAUCAUAAAGUCAUACAACGUAAUGACUUCGUCCAAUGUUCUCUGCAGAAAUUCCUAAUUGAUAAGUACCUGUUAUAAAACUGCCAGAACCAUGUGCUCAGCUGUGUUUGAGAACAACUUUAUAGAGGUGUCUGAUCUUUGACCAAGUUCAAUGUGGCCGGUUGAGGGAACAAGCCCAGGAACCAGAAACCUCCAGAAGGCUGCGCACUUUAUGGAUGAACCAGACUGCGAGGAAACCAAGGAGCUCUUGUGAUUACAUGAGGCCCACCUGAACAAGCCAGGCUCGUUUCCCAGUCUCAAGAUCCUUAACUUACACACCCGCAAAGUCCUUUUGCCACAGAAGAGUCCAGGACGAUGUCUGGAGAACUUCCACCAAACAUUAACAUCAAGGAACCUCGAUGGGAUCAAAGCACUUUUGUUGGACGAGCCAAUCAUUUCUUCACUGUAACGGAUCCCAGGAAUAUUCUGUUAACCAACGAACAACUAGAGAAUGCAAGAAAAAUAGUCCAUGAUUACAGGCAAGGAAUUAUUCCUCCAGGUCUUACAGAAAAUGAAUUAUGGAGAGCAAAGUACAUCUAUGAUUCAGCUUUUCAUCCCGACACAGGUGAAAAGAUGAUUUUGAUAGGAAGAAUGUCGGCUCAGGUUCCAAUGAACAUGACCAUCACAGGUUGUAUGAUGACAUUUUAUAGGACCACACCGGCAGUGCUGUUUUGGCAGUGGAUCAACCAGUCCUUCAAUGCCGUGGUCAAUUACACCAACAGAAGUGGAGACGCUCCCCUCACUGUAAAUGAAUUGGGAACAGCUUAUGUUUCCGCGACAACUGGUGCCGUAGCAACAGCUCUAGGCCUCAAUGCAUUAACCAAGCAUGUCUCACCUCUCAUAGGACGGUUUGUUCCCUUCGCUGCAGUAGCUGCUGCUAAUUGCAUUAAUAUCCCCUUAAUGAGGCAAAGGGAACUCAAAAUUGGCAUUCCUGUCACAGAUGAGAACGGGAACCGCUUGGGCGAGUCGGCCAAUGCUGCAAAACAAGCCAUCACACAAGUAGUCAUCUCCAGGAUUCUCAUGGCAGCCCCGGGCAUGGCCAUCCCUCCAUUUAUCAUGAACACUUUGGAGAAGAAAGCCUUCCUAAAGUAUAUGCCUCUCUCCCCUCAUGUUAACCUGUGUGACGUACCUUUUCGCCAGAGGAGUCUUCUCAGGGACCAGGAGGUUCCCAUGGAUGAGCGCACCUAUUCAAGUUGGAUUAGUUGGCUUUUGUUUGGUAUUUGCUACACCUCUCUGUUGUGCUUUGUUUCCUCAGAAAAGUUCCAUGUCUGUGACGAGCUUGGAGGCUGAAUUGCAAGCCAAGAUCCAAGAGACCUAUCCUGAAUUACGACGCGUAUACUUUAACAAAGGAUUGUAAAGUAGCAGAAGAAACUCUACAGCUUAUCAUGUCCACUGCAAAUCUGGUGAGGAAAAGCCUGUUCGACCUGGGUUCUCCCAGUUACAGAAAGCUUUUAAAGAUCCACAUUAGCCUUUUAGAGUCAAGCUGCUACUUACAGCACAGCCCCUGGUAUGGUAUGGGCCAGGCACCCGACACCUGUUUUGGCUCCCUUAUAUUUGAAUCACGAUGUGAUUUACAGAAAUACCCUUCCUAUAGCUUUUAUAGUAAUUGUUUUUUCAAAGAUAAUAUACCAACCCUCACCCAGAGUUUUAAAAAGCACUGCUAGGCAUAGAGUAGAUGUUUAGUAUACAGUCAAUAAAUAUGUCUUGAUUAUCAGUGAGUGAAAAGGAAAUCUGUUUGAAAUACUGGAUUGUUAUCCUGUUCUUGUUUUGAAUCACUCAACAAUGAUUGGGAAAAACACAAAAGCUCUUGAAGCCAAGCUAUAAGAAAUUAUUGUAAAUAUUAAGGACAUUUGCUUCCAUUUUGGGCAGUGGGCAACCCAAAGUAGAUGAUAAGUCUUUUGAAUUUAUAAGAUAAAAGCUUCUCCAUCUACUUCCUGAAAGUCACAAUAAUAAUAGACAAGUGUGAUUCCUGCUGUCAACAACUGUAUGCAUUCAUAUUGCUGGUAGAUUUCUUUGGUUGACUUUUAAGCUUAUUGUUUUACAUUCUUACGAAGUUAAUCUUAACUUGCAUUUGUUGACUUUAUAUUCAAUUAUUUACAUCAAAUAAUCAAAUAACUGAAAUGUACAAAUGUCAAAUUUUGGAAGUAAUAUUCAAUACCAAUGCCGUAUGACUGGAUCGAAUCUGGUUUGUUUGAUUUUUUUAGAAAUGAGAGCACAGUUCCAGCCAGCUACCUGUCUUUUCUCAUCAUUCUAAUAGAUCUCUGGCUUUCAGAAAGAAAAGGAAAUAAUGUGUACGUGAAUCAGUGACUGAUGAAUUUUACUUGAAUAUUGUGUAUUACAUUCCAUCCUGUUUAAAAAUAAGGAAUCCAUGGACCACUGUUUACAUCGUCUGUAGUAGCUUCACAUAUAUUUAAUGUAACAGAUUAUGGUUUCAAAUUCGAAGAUGUUCAAGGUAUAUGCUAGGUGACUGUUCUGUUGAGUGAAGACCACUCAGUUCAAUUGUUAAUUCAGAGACUUAUAAGUGAAAAAAAAAAUGUAGUAGCUAGUUUUGACAGAUUUUUCCAGAUAAUGUGACCAGACUGAAUUUCCUCAUAAAGAAAAAAUGGUGUGCCUUGUGUCCGUGUUUCUCUUUUCUCUGAAAGGAUUGAUGGAUCUGAAGCUUGGGACCACUCUGAGGCUUCCUUUGUGCCACCAGAAUUUUCUCAUUUAGAUUUUCUGUCUUAAACCAUUUGAGGCAAAAUAGCUUCCCCAUGACAGUCUUGCCUUGGAUGUAUUUUGUUGCCAUAGAUGCUUCUCUUUAAAAAAGUGGUAAGAGACUGAAAUUCAAGUCAGAUCUCCAUGAGGUGCUGAAAGGGUGCUAUUAAUGUGAAAAUGAAGCACUUGAGCCCCCCCACCACACUCCUGCCCCAGCUAAUCUCAGAAUUCUUACCACCUCACCCUCUCAUUAACUGGUAGCUGCAUCUUAGAAUCUUUACCUUCAUUGAGAAAUUAAUUAGCAACUGGUUUGAAGAUUGAUGAACUAAUUGAAAUUUUAUAUGUACGAGGAAGGGAUAAUGAAUAUGGAGAUAUGUCUUUUUAAACAUUAUUUAUUGAAGCUUCCAACUCUUGCUGCUUUUAUAUAGAAAUAUUAACUGUCUUGUUUAAUCAUGAUCUAUAAAAAGGAACAAAUGAACCAAGAUUGGCAGUCUUGCUGAUCUCUUAGAAAUACCUUUUUUGGAGAAAAGUCCACAGGAAGUGCUUAUAAGGGUAGUUAUUCAUAUUUCUAUUAACAUUAUAAAGAAUUACGAUUGUGCGUGUUUACUGACUGGCAGUUUUUAUUUCAGUAUUAGCACAGUGUCUCGCCAGUGUUGGAAUCAAUGUAUUAUUUCAGUUCAACUGGAUGAAAUGUUAAUAAACUCAGAAUGAAAAUAAA